AUGGUGUCUCGACGGGGAGUCGCUCAAGGUGAACGUGGAGACGUAUGGCCCGGAGCCCAGGGUGGUUGUGCUGUGGCCGCCGUCUGCGCGGAGGUGGCGUGUGCCAGGGGUUCGUUCAGGGUCCGUUACAUCGGCGACAGUGACUGGUACGACUGCCCUGAGGGCAGCUCUCUCUCAGGUGUGGGCACUUCCGUUAACUUUGCAAGCGGCAAGAUCAGGUGCCCCAAGUACGACGAGGUGUGCACCAUCACUCCCGCCGGCAGGAGUGGUGUCACGCGCCACCCCAGCGACGAUGACGAGUUGUGGGCACUGGGGACGAUUACCCCUCACAUGCACUGCACCGUGAGUCCCGACGUCGGCAAGGACUUCGUGAACGCAGGCGCCCCGAGCUGCUCCGCCCCGAAGGAACUGAGCCGAAGACGAAGUGGGAAAGAAAAGGAUCAACGGGGGUGGAGAGAAAAAAGUGAGCGCUAA